AUGAACGGAGGUGAACUUCAGGUGACGAACGAGGCGGUCUACAACGAUGCGGUGCGAGUGACCAAGAUCUUUUCCGGUAUCUUCUUCUUUGGACUGGCGGCGUGGCUCAGCAUGGCGAAUGGCACCAAGCUUUCCUUCAUUCAGCAGGUCUACGUGGGCGCUUUCUCAGCAUUCUUCAACUUCUUCCAGCUCACCGAGGUGGAUGAUAUUCUGCUGGAUCGAGCAAGCUCCUUCACUUUGGACUUUUCGCGUCCUUUGGAGUGGAUCAUGACUUGCCCGCUGAUGCAACUGGCUUUGGUGUUAAUGGGCGGCUCUCGGAUCCCGGAGUAUCGCCGCAUGCUGAUGCCUGGCUUGUCGGUGGCUGUCCUUGUUUGCGGCACUGCAUCAAUGCUUCUGUUCGACGUUUGGGUCUAUGUGGCAUAUGGGGUUGGCAUUCUCUUUGCUUCAGUGAUGUUCUUCCUGAAUCGCUUGCAGAUCAUCGAGCACAGUGAUGGGCAGGAGUGUCUGAUGUUCCGCAAAGCAUCGAUCUUGCUGAUCGUGACGUGGAUUCCCUUUCCAACCUUCUAUGCACUCUCGCCCGAGGGCUUCGGAAUCAUCAACGACGUCCUCUUUGUCCAGGUUGGCUGGGCCUUUCUCAAUAUAGUUUCCAAGUUCACCUUCAUUUUCUACAUUCAAAGGAUCAAGGACAACUAUUGCAACAGAUUGAAGGUGAAACGCGAGUUCGCUGGAGUGCAGAGUGCUGCUCCAAAAGGCCCCACUGUGAAUGCUGAUGGCACCAUCACUCCACCCCUGUCUGGCAUGGCCUUGGCACAGUCCAAGCAAGCUGAGAAGGCCCAGAGCGAAAUGGGUGCGCUUGUGGUCGAGACCAUGAACUUCCUGGGGAUGGCGCAGAACUCGGAACGCUUUCUGCGGUUGCUGCAACACUCAAAUGUGACUUCGCUCCGGCAUUUGGAGUGUCUCUCCCAGGAUGAAUGUUUGAAGCUUCAGCUGCCUUGGGACCUUGUCGCGGCAGUUCAAAAACGCUUACGGGUCUGGAAAUUGGAGAUGCAGGACGAAGCAGAGCUUGCUUUGGAGCAGGGUGAGCUCCACUACCAAAUGGAGGAGCCUGUGAAUCCGCUCAAGAACUCUACCUUGGUUGACAAGCUCCAUGCUGUACAGGCAGCAGGACAGGAGUCGCACCCGCAAGUCCAAUACGCACCCCCAUUGCCCGGCAUGGUGGCAGAUGACUCGCGCAUUCAACGCAUCGAGGAAGCCUUGACAGCCAUGCAGCAACAGAACGAAUUCUUCCAGACGGAGAUUCUGAAGAGGCUGUCUGAACAGCCAUCACCUUCGCAUCAGGUUUCGAGUCCAAGUGGCAGCUUGAAGCAGACCAUCGAAAUGACGGUGCAGGCAACGCUCAAGAAUAAGGACAUGGAAAGCUUCGUGGAGCAUCGAAUCGAAGAGCUGAUUUGUGCCGCGCAAGUACGCAUUGAACAGGCAGCUGACAAAGUCAGUGAGGGUCUACGAGCGCAAGCGCGUGAGGUCCAGGGCACCAUCGAGCGAGCCCGAGAGUCUGAAAGCACGUUCAUUGCGAAAAUGGACGAAAAGCUGCAACUGGCCGUUGAGGAAGUCACCCGGUCUGCAGAGACUUCCAGGCGUAAUCUCUCGGACUUCCUGAAGGAGGCUCGUGUGACGAAUGAGGCCCGAAACGACACCCGCCGCCAGGAGGAUUUUGAGCGGGCCAUUGCACGCAAGUUUGAGGAAACCAAUGCCAGGAUCCUGGAAAAGCAGGACCGCGUUGCGGAAUUUUUGCGCGGUGCCAUCCAGAACGACAUGAAUACUGUGAUGAGCCGCAGCGAUAUGGUCGUGGACGUUGUUAAGGAGAAUGGUGCCAUGGUGAAAGAGUCUUUGGGCGAUCUGAAGCGCUUGAACAUCAAUAUCUUAGAUGUGGCCAAUUCAAAUCAGGAGAUGAUGCAGCAAUCGCUCCAUCGCUCGAGCGACUUGCGAUCGAUGGUGGAAUCACAGAUGCAGACGUCUCAUGAUCGUGGGGGUGGGAGACCAGCCUACGAUGGAGGAUCUCCAGACACUCGCAGCCCGAACUUCCGGAGCGAUUUUGAUCGACCCUUGUCCGGAGGAAACGGAGGCAGACGGUAUGACAGCAGGACUUCAGUGCCACGUGGCCUUUCAUGA